AAAAUUUGUCAAAUGUACACAUGAUAAAAUAAAUAUCCCAUUUUCUUUAAAUUUUCCUUCUAAUGUACUAAUUACUGUCAUAUAUGCCGGCCGACCCUUGCAAGAAAUUUGCGUGUGAGAUCCAGAGAUGUCUAGUUGCUAACAACUUCCAAGAGGUCCGCUGCGACGCCGUAUUCGAGGCUAUGCGCCAGUGCUGUCUCAAACACAAGCCUGUGUCUCUGGUCUGUUCGGGCUACGAUCUGAAACCGAGGGAGUUCGCGCCGGUCACAGACAGGCCUCAGGAUUGUAAGAAAUAAGUAAUGGACAGAGAGCGUCGCCGGCAAAGUCAGCCUCUCGGAAAAAGGAGUUGGGUUUUUAAGUACCCCAAGACAUUUCAAGCCACCUUCACUGUAAUAGGUCUCGGAAUCUUCUUCUCCAAGCCUCUGUACGAC